AUGCUCUCCUUCUUCUCUAGGGCUCGAUCUCUCUCAUCCUCAACAGAAAAUAAUGAAGAAUCAACAACGUCUAAUACAAAAUCAAGUAAAAUAAUCAUUGAGGAGAUUGAUUCUGAAACUGAAAUAACAACCACACCAACAACCCCACAACCUACAACAGAAACAGAAACAAGAGAAGAUCCAUCCCAAACUUCUCCCUCAAGCGCCGAAAAAAGGUACCACACUCCAAGAAUAACUGUAGAUGUUAUCAGGGACUUGUGCUCUCGCCAAAGUUUGUUCCAAACACCCUAUUUGAAUGAUAAACUCUUCCUUCAUCACCGAGGCUUCAGAGUCAUUGAAAAUUUAGAAUUAUACACUGAACUGAAAGCUUUAUGGCUUGAGGGUAAUGCCAUCACUAAAAUUGAAAACCUUGGCCACUUGGAUAAGCUCAGAUGUUUGUAUCUCAACCAGAAUCUCAUCACUACAAUUGAAAAUUUGGAAAAUUUAGUGAAUUUGCAAACAUUGAACCUCUCCAGUAACAGAAUUACUGUUCCGAUCCAUCAUCACUCCACAAUAUUCUCUACUCUCAACCACCAACAACAACAACAACAAUACAUUCCCGGAGGAACAACUAGCAAUUCCAAGACACCAAACAAGACUACCAAUGGUUAUCAAUCCUACUUUUCCCAACAACAACAGCAGCAACAACAAAAUACUUCCUUCAGCAAUAAGGAAAAUAUUGAUAUCAAUGCCAUGAUCAUGAUGUACAGUAGUAAUCAACCAAAAACUCCAGGCAGAAACAACUCCUUCCAACAAGCUAACAAUGAUGGUAUGAAUAUUUGUAACUCGACUGGAAAAUCCACAUCCAUCACACCUGGUAAGUCAUUGAGAAAGGAAUCAUUGUGUAGAACUGGUGAGAAGAAAUUCUUGGCCUCUCCUAAACGACCAACCCCUAAACAAUUACGUAAUGCACAAGCUUAUUCAAAUAAUAAUAAUAAUAGCGGCCUUACAAGCAGUUUGAAUACCAGUUACAAUGCAUCAUCAAGCAUGUUAAACAGUAGCAUGAUAAGUGGUGGAAACAGUAUUAAUAGCAAUAGAUCAUCCAUGCACCACCAUCAUCAUCAAAAUAAUACAAUGAAUAGGUCCACAAUUAGUAGUUCCAACACCACCAACUCCUCCUCUAGUAGAAUCUCCUCAAACCAUUCCAAUACAACUAAAUCUACUACUGUUGGUAGUCAAAAAAGAACUAAUUCAGUCAGAAGAAACAAUGGUAAAACACCUACAACUCAACACAGGAACUUAUCUCAGCAACAAAAAAAGAGCGCCAAGAAGGCCACAAACUUGAGUUCAGACAUGAAUAAUUUCCUUACCUGCACCACCUCCUCAACUACCUUAUUUGAUGACGAUGAUACAUUAAUGGGAAAUUCAAACAAUGGUUGUGAAAUUACCAAUUAUUUGAAUAAUCAACUUCAUAAGUAUUCAAAGAAUGAAUUGAGGAAUAUUCUCCAAAACUAUCUAAAGAAAAUGGAUGAUGUAUCAAACAGUAGUAGUUUUUUACAAAGUACCUCCUCCUCUAGCAGCAGUAAUUCUGGAGUGAGUUGCCAAUUUCCAACGUCCAACCCUUAUCAAGACAUGAACCUCCUCAAUACAUCCCUGAACAGUAGUAGUGGGCAAUCAAUCGUGGGUUCGUCCACCUCUAAUAUUCCAACAACAGUUGUUGGUGGAUCCACCAAUCUUAAUAGCAGUGGCUUCCAAACAAUGCAUACUGCAACUGCUCCUCAACACCAGCAAAAUAAUCCUAGAUCCUCAAUCUAUCAAAGGUAUGAACCUAGUGAUCUGAUCAAGAAGUUAUUGAUGGAAGAAGAAUCCAGAUCAAGAUACUCCCAGAAUGCGUACAGAAAAUAG